CGUCAACAAAUUGAAAAAAAUCAUAUUAAAAAGUAUAUAAAAAAAAUAAUACAUAUAAUUUUGACAAGGGUGAUUAAGUAAUUAAAUUAUUAGUUUACUUGCUCUAAUUGCUUAUCGUCUACAUAUUCUAAUAAAAAGUGAUUGUACUUUGUAAAGAAUAACAACUACACACAUUCUUGAAUAUCUUUUUAAAAUGACUCCAUUUUCUUAAUAAUUAAUGAGUUAAAGCAUAAAUAGUAAGUGUAGGUCUUAUCAGUGGUAUGACUAGAAAAUCGAGUUAUGGAGUCAAUUAUUUUUACAUAAAUCUACAUAAAACUAAUUGUACUGAAGUUUCAGUUUUGUCAUGAGACUCAAUUGGACGAUAAAAAAAGGUGAUAACGUUUCUGACAAUUUUUCUAAAUCUUCAAAAUGCUCCAGGCUGUGCGUUUGUUGACAGAAUUAGCAAGACCUGUAGAUUAUCGUCGAGAAAGUGAGCCAACAAUGGAUCGACAAACUUCACUCGGAGAAAAUACAAUAAUGUUCCGUGAAAUUUACAAAAAUGGCUGGCUACGUAAAACAGCUAAGUCUGAAAAAGAAGCUAGCCGAUUUUGGGUAGCUUUUUGUGUUCAUAAUGAUACUGAGCCACAUUUAGAAGGCUUUACUGAUCAAAAACAAUCAACUACACACUCACCAGUGUGGGCGCAUUCUUUGCGAAAUAUUCAACAUCUUUCACCCACGCUAUGCGCUACUUCUCGUCAUGAUUAUGAGUUUUGUAUUAAUUUUAAUGACGAUCGAGUUCUUAGACUUGCAGCUCCGUCUUAUCAAACUAUGCUUGAGUGGGUGCAAGUUAUUACGCGCAAAUUGACAGACAUGAAAAUUCUAAGUCCUAAAGAAAAUGUUUAUUCUAAAGGGCCUGAAAGGAUUGCUACCAGAGAUCCUACUAGUCCACUUCCUCCUCCACCUUUGCCUUCUGGGUCAUCACGGCCUAUUCAACAAACUCCGUCGAGUUCCGAAGUAAGUAUUACUGAAUCACCUUCAGAAAGAGAUCAAAAUAGUCGAAAUUCUCCAACUAUAUUCACUUUUGAGGAAAUAACACGUGAAGAAAGAAGACCUAGACCCAAUCAUUUACAAAAUAUUCGAGCUAGAUCUCAUCCUACUAGUGCAUCUAAUUCCACUGGAACAUCUAUUCCAACUACAAGUAAUGAUAGCGGUGAUUUAAGUUACGAUAAUAUAUUUAUGGCAUCAUCGGCACCAUUAAUUCCAUCAGUUAAUCCGUCAAACUGUCCACCGGUUGUUGAACAAAAUCAAAAUCAAUCGGAAAGAGGAUCUAGUCAGCCAGUUGUUGAGCCUUCUUUUGAACAAUAUGCAGCUUUAAUAGAAUGUAGAAGUUCUGACACACCUGAACUAAGUCAUCAAAGUCGACCAAGUCAAUCAAUAACUCCAAGAUCAAGUCAAAGUGGUCAAAACCACUCAUCUGGAGUUUCUAGUACAACAAACGUUAUUAAUACUCCAAAAUUAUUAACAUUAAGAGAGAAACAGGUAGCUCAAUUAAAAAGAGAAAUGAAUCACAGAGCUGGAGUGAGAUUGCAGCUUGGAAGGAGAGAUUGUAAAGACGGAAUUGCUUUUGUUGACUCAUUCGGAUCAAUUUGGGUAGCUGGAUGGAAAUAUAAAGAGCAUCCUUUACUUUACAAUGUCCUUCAUGUUGGAGAUAUGGUUUUAAGUGUAGCUGGAGUUAAACCAGUUAAUGCAGCAGCUAUUCGUGAUAUUCUCAAAGGCAUCACCACGCCAAGAAUUGAAGUUAUCGUACGACGUUUACCUUACGCCAAAGCAAUGAUUUUGACAAAACGUACAGAAAGUGAAGAUUUUGGAUUAGAAGUCAAUGGCAAUGAAUUAUCAGGUGUUUAUGGUGCUGCUUUAAAUGCAGGAUUACCUCCUUUAGCAGAAGCAAUGGAUCCAACAGCGCCGAUUGGUUCAUCGACCACGUGGACUCUGACAGAAAUGAAUGGAAGGCCUUUAAAUAUGUUUGACAGCUGUGCGAGUGAACGACUUCGCGCCAUCGGUCGCGAUAUAUCAAUAGUUGUCCAACCAACAGACUUAAUAGCUUCAUUGCGCAACAAAUUACGAGCAAUGCGUAAUUAUAAGAAUUUUAUUCUUCAGUGAUAUUAAUUACACAAUUUUCUUUCUUUUUUUCGUGUAGAAAUUUAAAAAAAAUAUUCAUUUUAUUUUAUUUGGAACUUUUCUCCAACUUUAGUAAUGCGAAAUCAUUUCAUAAAAUAAAAAUAAGAUUCUUCAGUGUUUUAUAUUAAUAUGGUCACUAAUAUUUAGGAGUAGAUGAUAAUGUAUAAAAAAAGCGUAUCCUGUGAUAAUUUAUACGAACUUACAUUGACAUAUUUGUAAACAUAUUUGUCCAAGUUCUUUUUAUUAAUUUUUUAUUAUAUUAAUAUAAAUUGAUUAAUAAUCCUUCACUUAUGUAAGAAUUAAUCACUCUUUAACUUUAACUAUUUGCAAUAUUUGAAAUUAUUAUUGUAAUCGUAGUCAUUUAAACCGUGAAA